AUGAAUACUCUACUUGUGCUGGAUCCAGAUGGUGUUGAUAUAUAUUUUUUAAAUCGAAAACGAAUGUUACAUGUAAAAGAUUCAUCAGAACUUAUUCCGAUAUUCGCCGUUCCACCCGCAGGACUGACGCCAAUCGCUCAAGUAUUACGACAAGUUUUAAGAGAUAAACAAGUUGAAAUACAAGAACGAAAACUGCUUAUUUUAAUUGCAACGGAUGGACAACCGACAGAUAAUCAAGGACGCGUUGAUAUUCACACUUUGGAACAAAUUCUUCUAACGGAACGAAAUCCAAUUGCCCGUAUUCCCGUUACAUUUAUUGCUUGUACAGAUGAUGACCAUUCUAUUGGCUACUUAAAUGAAUGGGAUAAAAAGAUUCCUUACGUUGAUGUUGUGGAUGAUUAUCGAAAUGAAAAGAAUGAAGUUUUGAAGACGCAGGGUCCAAUGUUUCCAUUCAGUUUUGGUGAUUAUAUUGUGAAGAUUCUCUUGGGCAGUAUUAAUCCGUGGUUCGACGAAUUGGAUGAGAUAAAAGUUGAUGCACGAGGACCACGUACACACUGA